UGUGUUUUUACUCGGGACUGAGUAAACGACGGGCUGUUGUGUAUCAUAAUACCGAAACCGGCUGGUGCACGAUACUCGGUGCGCGAUUCAGGCCCCGAUCCAGACUCCUACGCUCCUGUUCUCAGUUUCCCCGAUUUUACCGUCUGGCGUCACGUUUUAACCGAGGAAAAAAUUUUUACGACACCCCUGUUCGCCCUGAGCCCCAUUCGCCCGAUCAGGCAUCCGCCACGUGACCGCAAGGUCCGGGACGCUGUUUCGUGACGUAACGAGUAAAACUAGUGCAUAACACGCAUCGUACAUGGUGAAGUUUAUUAAACGCGUGUACAAGUGCACAGUGAGAUGUGGCCGUGUGCUGUGACAAUAGAGGUCAUUUUUAUUAAAACUCGGGAAUAUCUGUAAACGAGGUUCAAUGAAACGUAAGGUUCUCUCGUCGCGUUGAUAGUAUAACGAUUAUCUGUGGACGCCAAUUACCGUCAACGGUGCAUGGCUUGUUGUGCGGAGGCCUUAACAAAGUGUGAAACAUCUCCAUCGGGGCGGGAACGAAUAAGCAGGGUAUCGGUUCUACACAUACAUCGUCGUGUCGCGACGAAGAACGCGGAAGAGUACACCACACACGGCUGCAUCGGUGCAACGGUGACGGACACCGAUAACGCGAGUGCAGGUGCGAAUUUAAAAGUGCGAGUAAACCGACGUGGUACGUCGAGUGGUGCAUCAACCGCUGCAGUUGCCUGGUAGAGUCAGUGCGCGCGCGCGCGCGUCAUCGAGCGAUACUCUCGAUCCUGAAAAGCAGUUCCCUAGAUCGUUCGCUAUCGAGCGAGUCGAUCAGAGCGAAGCGACCGGUCGUAAGCCACCGCUGGAAUCAGUGAUCCGGAUCGAUUUUGACGCGGAACAAGGGCAGAUAAUUAUUAAGGAUUUCUCGAAACGGUUGUGUGGAAGAUAAAAUAAGUGGAGGGAUGUUCUGACCGCGUGAACCUCCAGGGUCGCGGGAAUACCGGACGGAACCCAGGGUUCGAUAAGCGCGGGAAGAACGACGGACGAACGGAGUUGGGGCUUUUGUCCCGAAGGAUCGAAGAUGCACACGUUGUUCGGCGAGCAGAACGCCUACUACAGGCACGCCGGUGUUCCCGUCGGUAUGGGAACGCCGUCGUAUCCGGGAGUGGCGACGGCGCCCGGAUACUACGAGCAGUACAGGUACGGCACCUACGCGACUAGCUAUCCGGGAAUAGCCCAGCAGCACAUCCAUCAUCCGAGUAAAGACAUGGUGAAGCCACCGUACUCUUACAUCGCCCUGAUAGCGAUGGCGAUCCAAAACGCGCCGGACAAGAAGAUCACCCUGAACGGAAUAUACCAGUUCAUAAUGGAGCGGUUUCCAUACUACCGAGAGAACAAGCAGGGCUGGCAAAACUCGAUACGACACAAUCUCAGUUUGAACGAGUGUUUCGUCAAGGUUCCACGGGACGACAAGAAGCCCGGUAAGGGUAGCUACUGGUCCCUCGAUCCGGACAGCUACAACAUGUUCGACAACGGUUCGUACCUCCGUCGUAGACGGAGGUUCAAGAAGAAGGACGCCCUCAAGGAGAAGGAGGAGGCCCUGAAGCGUCAAGGACUCGCACCGACGGGAUCCAGCGCUGGGGAAAAGCAGCGUGCCGAAGACCAACAGCAACAGCAGCACCACGCUUCUCACCUAGGCGGAAAGUCGGAUCCAACGAGCAAGCAGAACAAGGGUCAACUCCAGGGUAGCGUCGAGUGCAAACCCAAGCGUGAACCAAGUUCCGACCUGACGUCGUCCCACUGCGGUAUGCAGGCGGCAAAGUACGCGCACAGUCCGAUCCAGCAGGACCAAGUGAAGACUGGAUCCGUCGCGGCAGCGGCGAGUGUCAUCCAGUCAGCCCUUGGGCAUCAGGUCCCACUGCACCAGGGAUCGCCGCACCUUCAGGCCCCACACCACGCGCACCAAGCGCCCCACCAGGCCCCGCAUCACGGACACCAGGAGGUGGCCGGGAUGACGGACGCGAACGGAAUGCAAGGUCUGGACCCGAGCUCCUUCGGGGUUGAGGCUCUGACGGGGUCACGUGAUUCCGGUCACCCCGGAUCCGUGGGUUCGAGCUCCGUCCACCUCCAGAGUCGCGAACUCCAAGCGGCGAGGGAACACUCGGUUCAAUCAGGUACCAGCACCGCAAUGAUGCCACCCAGUUCCCGGGAGUCCCUGAUGGCCAGCUACGGGCAUCCGACGUCCAGGUCGAACGGUUCGCCCCCCGGCACGAUGUACACACCUUACUGCACGACCGCGGCGGCUGGAUACAUCAUGGACCACGUUGACUACAACCCGUCGGCCAGCGGUGUCCGCACCCAUCCAACGAGCCACUCGCAAUGGUACCAAGAAGCUUCGAGUCCAGACACCGCGGGUAUAUACCAGGAUACUCAGUCGCCGAGCUGUCAACUUUACAGGUCGAGUCCCCCGACGCCGUUGUCCUCUGGUGCCGCACCCUCGCCACCGCUCUACCACAGGUACUAUCAGGACUGCAACGCGGUUAGCACGAGCGGCAACCUACCGAUCACACUCCACAAGUACUGAGGCUACCGAUGCUCAAGGUCGCCGGAAGACGAUCUUGAGCGUUACGACAACCUAGACUUGUACAACGGGGGUAGUAGUAACAUGGUUCGCUGCAGGGUGAAACGCGAGUUCGGCGACGCCGUUGAGGAGUGGAAUUGAGACCUCCAGCUUUCGCUCAACCGACGAUCGCCAGGAUAAUGAGGGUGCGGAAACGGAAACACGCGAGGUCGUGAUCCAAAGGCGAUUUAUCGCGUUGUGAAUGUUUGGAAAUGAAAAAUAAUUAUGAUAAUGGUGAGAGAAAAAAAAAAAAAUAAAUAAAAACCAGUGAUAAUAUAACGUAAGUAUAUAUAAUUGUAUAUAUACAUAUGCAUAUAUAUGUAUAUAUAUUAUAAUAAAGCGCGUGCGUUAUAUAUACGUAUAAGUUGUGUGUAUAAAAAUUACGAAUAAAUCUAUAGUAUACGUCUAUAUUGUAAAAUGAUAUGAUUUAUGCAUAUUUGUUUACAGUGUACACACGAUUAGGUACAUACAUAUAUAUACAUAUAUAUUUAUAUACACUGCCGGCCAAAAGUUUGGGUACACCAGUACAAAUUUCUUGCUGUACUAAAAGUUAGAUAGCGGACUCAGAAAUAAAUAUAAUCAAACGUUCCGAGCGGCGUUUUAAAGAGGACAAAUUUACCUUCAUUUCGCAGUUUUAGAAAAUUCUCUAAAAUUUUUCUUAGCCCCGGUACGUAUUUUUUAACAUGGCCGUUUUCGGUUAUUUUUUAGCGUUAAAAAGGAAAUGCAAAAGCUCAAUGUUUAUUCUUUUUAAUACAUUGUCAUAAAUCUGAUAGUUAUCGAGACACAAUAACUCAACUGACGAUGAUUCUCCAAGUUCCAGCCGAAAACGUUGCCCCUCCACUCAUCAAAGUCCCGCACCAAAAUUAUCAAUUUUUUUUUUACGAAUUCUGAAAAAAUUCAAACUACUCCAGCGUGAACCUGUGCAAAUGUUUACCUUCUCGACAUUUUCUUUGAAAUCCCCUAGUUAUUGAAUUACACCUUUUUUCUUCAAACCUGUCUUUUUUAGCACAAAAUGUGGCGAAUACUGGGGCGAAAAAAAAUCUUACGAAACUUUCUACAAAAAGAUAAUAUCGGUUUUGAUAUCCUUUUCAAGUUUAUCGUACAAAAAAACCGAUAAAAAUUUUUUCCAUAAAAUGUGGGGUUAAUUUCCAGCGGCUAAAGAAUGUCCGAAAAACGGUCAUUUUCAAAAAUACGUACCGGGACCAAGAAAAAUUGUAGAGAAUUUUCGAAAAAAACAAAAUGAAGUUAAAUUUGUCCUCUUUAAAACGCCGCUCGGAACGUUUGAUUACCUUUAUUUUUGAGUCAGCUAUCCAACUUUUAGUGCGGCAAGAAAUUUCUUUCGACUGAGUACCCAAAUUUUUGGCCGGCAGGGUAUAUAAAUAUAUGUAUACAUAUAUAUGCGUGUAAUGCAAUGCACAUAAAUAACAUAUAUAGGUAGACACAUGAGUAUGAGUAAGUGUAAAAUAGGAAAGGUUAUUAUAAUACUAUAGAGCAUACGUAUAUUUAUGCGUGAACCGCGUGGUCGACAAAGAGAAAAGUGCGUGUGUCGGAUAUAAAGAUGAUCGUGAGUGAGUGGAAAAGAAAUUUGAGCGUUUGCUUUUGGUUUUUACAAUUAUGGAAAGAACUCGUUUUCAGGGUGAUUUAUGAGCGCGCGUGUUUGCCGCAAGGGUGGAAUUCUACUUUUACCGUUACAUAUGGCACAUAAUGGUCAAAUGAAUAUGUAUAAACGGGUUUCUGCCGUUCACGAUAAGACGUACGAAUACCAAUAUAUAUUGCGGUAUUGCGAUGGGACGGGGAGGGACGAGGAGGAGGAAGACGGAGGGGGGUUGGUGUCGAUUAGAAUGCAAAAGAAUAGGAAGGAAAAAAUAACAUGACAUGAUACUCGAUACACAAGGAGAGAUAAAAAAUAUUAUUCUCAUUUGGAAAAACAAUGACUGACCUAACCCAAUGGGAAGCUAAAUUUAACAAGAUUCCAAACAACUGUGCAAAUAUUGUUUGUCUAAAUAUUCACGUCUCGAUAUUUGCCGAUUGUCUGACUCAAGGUACACUCGGAAAAUAACAGCUGUUCUUGUUGACACGCUUCGCGGCGGAAAGUCGGAAAGCAGGAAGGAAGGAAGGAAAGAAAGAAUAAAAUAAAUAAGUUGUAUAAAAGGAAGCUGCGUGUUAAAAGAGAGAAAGGAAGGAUAAGCGAAAGAGUCAAAGUCAAAAUUCAACGAAAAGAUAACCCAAUAAUCAAGGAGCGUGCUUACUUAACUAACGUCACGAUUCAUAUAAUAUAGAUUUAUAAAUAUAUAUGGGGCGUUCCACGCCAAUUCAGUAAACGGUUGACAAUAACAUUUUUUUAUUUCACCAAGGAUUUUUUCUACAAUAGUAUACGACCCCUGAAAAGUUUUUUUUUUUCAAAUGCUUAAAUUUUUUUAAUCACUCGUCUUUACCCUGUGAUUUCUUAAACCCAUCUCAAAGACACGUAAAUUGAUUUUUAUGAAACAAGAAAGAAGAAAAAUUUGGUUUUCGAAAUGACAAAUUUUCACGCAAAGUUCAGAGUGGGACCUCGUUUUUUCAAUUUUUGUCUUUUAAAUAACGUUUUUUAUUCAUAAUUGUUUUUCCUAAUUUCAUGCCUGUUCAAAAUCUGUGAUAAAAUUUUGAAAAAAAAACCCUGAGUGCUUUUCUUAGAACUGAAGAAACAAUUUAAAAAAUCAGUAAUCAAAUCGGAGAUGCGGUAUGUAUUAUAAUAGAUUUUUAACAGGUAUGAAAAUAGAGAAACCGAUUAAAAAAAUAGAAAGAAAUCAGGUCCCGCUCUGAACCUUGUAUGAAAAUGUUUCAUGUCGGAAGCCAAACGUUUUUUCUACGUGUUUCAUAAGAAUCAAUUUGGUUGCUUUUGAGAUGGGUUUAAAAAAUCAUGGGGUAAAGACGAGUGAUUAGAAAAAUUUGAACAAUUUUUUUAAACAGCUUUUCAGGGGUCGCAUUGACGUAGCAAAAAAUCCUUGGUGAAUUUAAAAAAUGUCAUGGUUAACCGUUUACCGAUUUGGUGUGAAAUGCCCCAUGUAUUGAAAUUAUCCAUUUAUAUAUAUGAAUAUAUAUAUAUUUUGGUAUAACGUGUAACCUACACUUGCUAUUGCACAUUCUGCAGGUUCUUCGCGAAUAUCUGAUUUCACAGGAAAUGUAUACAGACAUAUUCCGUCAGUGUAUAAUAAUCUGCACGCGCCCGAUAACGUUAAUACAUAGUGUAAAAUCGUCAACAUCACACACGCACCACACCAUACUCAUACUUACAUUUUAAUAAUGAUAUUAUUAAUAACAAUAUGUAAAUAUAUCGAAGAACACCCACCACAUUAUUAUAAACAAGAUGAAAUUUUAGAUUGUAUAGAUAUUAUACACAUUAUACGAUAUCCGAUAUAAGCUACAUACUAUAUAUAGAAGUCUAUAUAUAGUGAUUCAUCUGCUAUGUACCUAUGCAAGAUUGUGUGAAUAAUUAUACGAGUAAAGCGAAUGUUAAUAUUAGACAUGUGUAAUAUAUGCCAUGCGAAAGGACCAUCGAUUGAUUGGUUAGUAUACACACAACUAUACAUAUAU